GUCAGGGGCAUCUUCGACGCAGUCGCGGAGAACCGGGAAGGACGCGUGGCAGACUACAUCCCGCAGCUGGCCGCAGCAGACCCCGAGCAGUGGGGCGUGGCGGUGUGCUCCGUGAGCGCUCAGCGGUUCAGCCUGGGCGACGCACAGGCGCUUUUCUGCGUGCAGUCGACGUCGAAGCCGAUUACGUACUGCAUGGCUCUGGAGUUGCAUGGCAAGGACGUGGUACAUAAGCACAUCGGACACGAGCCGUCUGGGCGCAUCUUCAACGAACGAAUCUUGAAGCAGCCCGAGAACAUCCCGCAUAACCCGCUCAUCAAUGCUGGCGCCAUCAUGGCCGCGUCGCUGGUAAAGAUGGAGGAAAGUGAGUGGGACAGGUUUGACUACGUGAUGGAUGUGUGGAAGACGCUCUCGGGCAAGGUGCGUCCCGGCUUCCAGUACUCAACGAUGAUGGGCGAGCGCGCCACCGCCGCGCGGAACAAUUGCUUGGCGUGGAUGAUGGUAGAGGCUGGCGCGUUUCCCGAGGCGGCAGCCGGCAAGUUGGACAAAGUGCUCGAGGCCUACUUCUCUUGGUGCUCCAUCGAGCUCACGUGCGAGACCAUGUCCGUGGUCGCCGCCACGCUCGCCAACGGCGGAGUAUGCCCGACCACGGGAGAGCGAGUCUUCUCUCGGGUCCCAUCUCUGAGCCGCCGGUCAUCUGCCGAGACUGUCACCAACUGCCUGUCCCUGAUGGCCUCCUGCGGGAUGUACGACUUCUCCGGGGAGUUUGCCUUCUCGUGCGGCUUCCCCGCGAAGAGCGGCGUCUCGGGCGUGCUUUGCGUCGUGAUCCCGGGCGUGUGUGGCGUGGCAACGUUCUCCCCGCGCCUGGACUCGUGCGGCAACUCCUGCCGCGGCAUCCAGUUCUGCCGCCUCCUCAGCGAGCGCCUGCACUGCCACGUCUUCGACCCCGCGCCGCUCCCCAGGUGGUCGCACGGCCUCCAGCAGUCGAACGAGUCGGCCCUCUGGUGGGCGGCGUCGAGGGGCGACGUGCGCCGCAUCCGCCAGCUCGUGGAGCGGGGCACGGACCUCGCCUCGCCGGACUACGACGGGCGCAGCGCGCUCCACCUCGCCGCCACGGGCGGCCACGGCGAGGCGGUGGGCCUCCUGCUCGCCCUGGGCGCGGACCGGGCCCGCCGCGACCGGCGCGGCAACACGCCGCUCGAGGACGCCCUGCGCGGCGGCUACGCGGAGGCCACGAGGCUGCUCAGCCUGCCGGCCCCGGCCCAGGCGGAGCCCGGUCGAGGGGCCGACGAGGCUGCUCUUCGGGACGACGGCCUUCUCGAGGGGGGCCACGCCCCACCGCGAUUGGACGAGGUGGGCUGCGCGCUGUGGCCGGUCGCACUCGGUCGGUCCGCUCCGGUCUGUCGGCGCGUGGCCAGCUCGUCUUGGCUUCUCGGUGCGCGGCCGUUCGGUCUCGGCCUGUUGGCGUUGGCUACUUCUGGUCGACCCAGUUGGCUACCACUCUGCGCUGUGGCUCACUUCGGCUGCCCGGUCUUCCUUGAGCCGUGUCGAUUCGAUCGUCGUUCUGUCCUGUUUGAGCCUCCUCCACGCGUGUGGUCCGGCCGCUCCGC